AUGCGUGUAUAUACCGACGGCUCGGUACUUCAUAGCCGCAAAUCAUCCACUGCAGCAGUUUUUAUACCGGAACUAAAAAUUGCCAAAUCAAGGAAACUGAGCUUUCACACUACAUCUACCACUGCCGAACUUGCCGCGCUUUGGCUAGGCCUUGACAUCCUCGACAGUAUCCCUCACAGUGGAAAGGCAGUGUUCCUCACAGAUUCCAGAAUAGCUUUACAACUUCUCGGUAGCCUCGAAGACGCCCCACAAUAUGCCAGAUACAUUGGACACAUGACAAGAAACCUAGAGUCUAAAGGAUGGCAUAUAGCAUACCAAUGGCUGCCAUCACACGUCGGUAUCUCGGGCAAUGAGACAGCCGAUCGUCUCGCUAAUGCAGCUCACCACAUUCAUGUACCAACACUUGUUAUACCAAAAAUGUAUGAGGCCAGACUUAUUAUUCACAAAGAAAUAGAGAAACUACAUCCGGACACGCGCGUCUCUACCGGGAAGCCACCCGCACGCGUGCCUCCAAAGCUGUCCCGAGCCUCCGCUUCUCUACUGCACAGACUUCGCACUGGUUGUGCCUUUACUGCGAAAGCCCUUCACCGUAUGGACCCAACAAUAAACCCAAACUGUCCAUCCUGUGAUGUUCCCGAGGACCAGGACCAUCUCCUCUGGACCUGCCCUACUCUAGCGGACAAAAGAAAAUCGCUUCUCGACGGCCUGCGGCAAGCAGGCGUAGCAAGUGCUACAACACAGGACAUUCUUUUUCCCCCAGGUUCUGCACGCGAUGUCUCGAGAACAUUCGCCGCAGUUCUCAAGUUCUUGGAGGACACCAGUUUAUUUGACCGCCUCUAACCCCGGUGUCUGACAUACACUGGG